GUCACCCUAAUCAUUUGUCGCUGCCAGCACUGCUUAAAUUUUCUCCCUCCUCGUUGUCCGUUACCUCAACGACAACCUUCUCAACAGCAACAAAGACUUGCAAAUUAUUGCUUUCUUGUCGAUCUACUAGUAGUCGACGAAAACUAGUCAAAUCUAGAGAAAAACAACAUGGCAGAAGAACAACUUCAAGACGUUCCAGAGAGCGAGAUUGAGUCCAACUGGGACCAGAUCGUCGACAACUUCGACAACAUGGAUUUGAAACCGGAGCUGCUGCGUGGUAUCUAUGCUUAUGGUUUCGAACGCCCUUCAGCCAUCCAACAGCGUGCCAUCGUUCCUGUCGUCAAAGGCCACGACGUAAUUGCACAAGCCCAGUCUGGUACUGGUAAAACGGCUACGUUCUCCAUCUCCAUUCUCCAGCAGCUUGAUAUGUCCAUCAAGGGAACACAAGCUCUCAUCCUUGCUCCAACUCGCGAGCUCGCUCAACAAAUCCAAAAAGUCGUCAUCGCCCUCGGUGAUUACAUGAAUAUCGAAUGCCAUGCAUGUGUCGGAGGAACGAACGUAAGAGAAGAUAUGGCGAAGCUUCAGGAAGGUGUCCACGUAGUUGUCGGCACACCAGGCCGCGUAUUCGAUAUGAUCAACAGGCGCGCCUUGAAGUCAGAUACUAUCAAGAUCUUCUGUUUGGAUGAGGCCGAUGAGAUGCUGAGCCGUGGUUUCAAGGACCAGAUUUACGAAGUCUUCCAACUCCUUCCUCAAGACACCCAAGUUGUCCUGCUGUCCGCCACCAUGCCCGCCGAUGUCCUUGAAGUGACAAAGAAGUUCAUGAGGGACCCCGUUCGUAUCCUGGUCAAGAGAGACGAACUUACGCUUGAAGGUAUCAAACAGUUCUACAUAGCUGUGGAGAAGGAGGAGUGGAAGUUGGAUACACUUUGCGAUCUAUACGAGACUGUGACGAUCACUCAGGCAGUCAUCUUCUGCAAUACGAGGCGCAAGGUCGAUUGGUUGACAGACAAGAUGCACGGGAGGGAGUUUACGGUGUCUGCUAUGCACGGUGACAUGGAGCAAAAGCAACGGGAAGUUUUGAUGAAAGAAUUCAGAUCUGGGUCUUCCCGUGUCCUCAUCACGACCGACUUGCUCGCGCGCGGUAUUGACGUACAGCAAGUAUCGCUGGUGAUCAAUUAUGAUUUGCCCACGAACAGGGAGAACUACAUUCACCGUAUUGGUCGUGGCGGACGAUUCGGAAGGAAGGGAGUUGCAAUCAACUUUGUCACUACGGAUGACGUGCGCAUGUUGAGAGAUAUUGAACAGUUUUACAACACCCAGAUUGACGAAAUGCCUCUGAAUGUUGCCGAUCUCAUUUGAAAUCAGCGUGGUCUUAGUGCCUUUCUCUUGUUCGCAGAGGCACUACCCUUCCUUUCCCUCGUAUUUUCGCUUUAACUUACUCCCAUGCUAUGUCUUCCUUCGUUGUUUUCAUAUUUGCCUAGUCUUAUGUGUUUACGUUCAUGAAAUCUUUUGUUGCGCAUGGUUCCGCUUGUUCUUCCCUGAACAACUUCCGUUAUGCGGCACCUACAGACACACACUCUGCCCCUCCCGCUCAUACCCCCCCUGAAACAUGUAACGCCGCCUUACCCUUCCUCAUCCCCGCCCCGCCGCUUGUUUCUUUCUGUUUUCUCAUUUGCUGAUGACUAGAUGUAAGAGUAGUGUACGCGUUUCUAUUUCCGCUUUCCUUUACCAAUGUCUGUUACUACUUGGAUUUUACGAGGCGUUGUGGUUACAUGUUGUAUGUAGGCGUUGGGAUACAAAAAUGACAGGUGAAUUCUGUUCAGCCC